UCAGUCGACGUAAGGAAAUCGGUGAAGUGCGUUGUAUUUGCCCUCUUAUCUGCGUCGAAAACUCGAAACCCGUCUGGGAGACGUCACCUUAGUAGUUGCGUAAUUUAUUUAUUCGAUGGAUCCAAAACCGAGUUGUUCGAAAUCAGUGUCAGUAGCCGACGCAAAUUAUGAGGACCAAUUACUUAAGUGGUAUAAUGAAACAGAUAGCGAGUGUAGCGACUUAGAGCAAGAUUGUGAUGAGGACUUUGUUUUAGAGAGUGAUCACGAAACUGAUUCUGAAGAGGAUGGGUCAGAGUCGGAAGAAAAAACGAUGGAGACGCAAGAUAUGGAAAUUACUGAAACAGAAGAUAGUGAAGAUGAAGAAAUAACUAAAACUGUGCGUCAAAAAGUAAGCAAAAGUUUUUAUGGCAAAAACAGAUUCAAAUGGGCAAAGGAACCUUUAGUUUCGAGAAGCCGUACGCAAAAGCAUAAUAUUAUAAUACAACUACCCGGUAUACGUCCGAAGGCUAUAACUGGAACCUCUUGCUGUAUGGAAAUGCUAUUUACCGACCACAUCCUUGAAAUAAUAAUUCAAUGGACGAAUAAUAAAAUAGAAAAACUUCGAUUAAAAUACAAAAACCAAAAUUCUCCGACGCUGAAAAAUAUCGAUAAAAUCGAACUAAGUGCAUUCUUAGGACUUCUUGCCUUUACAGCCAUAUUUAAAUCAAAUCAUGAGAAUAUAGAUACUAUCUUUAAAACAAAUGGUACAGGAAGAGAAAUAAUUCGUUGCAUAAUGUCAAAAGAAAGAUUUGCAUUUUUGCUAUUGGCGCUAAGAUUUGAUAAUACAGAUGAUAGGGCGUUUAGAAAAGUAACAGAUCCUGCUGCUCCGAUUAGUCAAAUCUUCCAGUUAUUUGUUGAAAAUUGUCAGGCUUCUUAUUCUAUAGGAUCAUCGGGAUGCAUUGAUGAGAUGCUUGUUGGGUUUCGUGGGCGCUGUAAAUUUAAGAUGUAUAUUCCUAAUAAGCCAACAAAAUAUGGACUGAAAAUUAUGUGCCUUACAGAUGCACGAAAUAAUUUUUUUUUAAUGGUUAUAUUUACAAAGGUAAAAAUACGGAUGGUGAAGGACUAUCACAAGAAGAACAAAAAUAAAAAAAACCAACACAGUCAGUAUUACGACUUGCUCAGCCGCUGUUCCACUCUAAUAGAAAUGUAACUUUCGAUAAUUGGUUCACUUCUAUCGAGCUGGUACAACUGCUAAGAAACCGAGGUUUAACGUGUGUGGGAACCAUUAAGAAGAACAAGCGAGAAAUACCAGCCUAACCAAAAGCGAGAAGCUGGCUCUGCUCUCUAUGGGUUUACAAAAGACCUAACUCUAGUCUCACAUGUUCCCAAAAAAAACAAAGCUGUUAUUCUGGUCUCUUCAAUGCAUCAUUCACAAUGUGAAGAUCCAAUAAAUAAAAAACCAGAAAUAAUAUCAUAUUAUAACUCUACUAAAGGUGGAGUUGAUGCAUUAGAUGAAAAGUGCUCUAAAUUUUCAUGCAGUCGUCGUACGCGUAGGUGGCCUUUGGCUAUAUUUUUCCGAGUUUUUGAUAUUAGUACAGUUAAUGCCUAUAUAAUGCACCAAUCAUUUAAAGAUAAUCAAACAAUAAAGAUAGCAGAAUUUAUCGAAAAACUUGCAUUCCAAUUAGUAACUCCACAUCUCGUCCUAAGAGCAAAAAAUCCACGUGUAACUAAAAGAAUAAGAUCAAGUAUUUGUGAUAUCUUAGGCUUAAAAGAUCCCGAAAUUCCAUUAGAGAAUAAAAUUGAACGUUUGGCCAAAAGAAAAACUUGUUAUACAUGUCCUUCGAAAGGCAAACAGCCUAUGUUUGUUAUAGCUGUCAAAAUCCGAUAUGUUUAGAAUGUAGCAAAAAAAUGUGUACUGAAUGUGUUCAGAAAAUGUAAUAAAAUUACUUGUAUUUUUCCUAAUAUUAGCAUAUAAAUUUUGCUGUUAGAAAUAAUUUAUGUUUAUUUACGUUUUGUUUAAUAGAAAAGCAUUUAAUUUUAAGACUUUAAUAUGUUUACAAUUAAGUUUCGUUCAGUUUACCUAAAAAUUAUUUAUUAUGUAGAAUAUUUGUUUAUUUUGUUCAAUUUUUGUGAAAAACAAUUACUUUAAUAUUCGUUUCACAUUAUUACAAAUAAAAAGAGUCCUUAGUAACGAU